CACAAAUGUUUCGCUCUCGCGUCCUGUGUGUCGGGCGGCGUGGCGGCCGGCGUCUGGCGACCGUCGCCGUUGGCGUGUCGGGCGGCGUCGACUCGUCGGUCGCGGCGCUGCUGCUCAAGCGGCAGGGCCACGACGUGGUUGGCGUGCACAUGAGCAACUGGGACCACGCCGAGGAAGGGACGGACGGCGAGUGCGCCGAGCGCGAGCGCGAGGACGCGCGCCGCGUGUGCGAGCGGCUCGGGAUCGGCUUCCACGCGGUGAGCUUCGUCCGCGAGUACUGGUCGGACGUCUUCGAGCCGUUUGUGGCGGGCAUCGCUAGAGGAGCGACUCUGAACCCGGACGUCGCGUGCAACCGGCACAUCAAGUUUGACCGCUUCACCGCGCACGCGCUCGCUCUCGGCGCAGAUUGGGCGGCGACCGGCCACUAUGCGCGCGUGGCUCACUCGGAGGCCGGCGGGUCGGCGCUGCUAACCGCCGUGGACGCGGACAAGGACCAGACGUACUUUUUGGCGGCGGUGCCCCAGGCGUCGCUGCGCAGGUCGCUCUUCCCGCUCGGCGAGCUCAGGAAGCGCGAGGUGCGCGCGCUCGCCGCCGCCGCCGAGCUGCACACCGCCGGCAAGCGCGAGUCGAUGGGAAUCUGCUUCGUCGGCAAGCGCCGCUUCCGCGACUUCAUCCGCUCCUACCUGCCGCCGCAGCGGCCGGGGCCGCUGGUCUGCGUCGAGAGCGGGCGCGUGCUCGGCACGCACCAGGGUGUCUCGCUCUACACGCACGGGCAGCGCGCGCGCGUCGGCGGGCUCGGCGGCCGGUGGUACGUCGCCGAGAAGUGUCUCGAGACGGACACGCUCUUCAUGUGUGAGGGCGCCGCUCACCCGGCUUUGCUCACCCACACCCUCGAGGUUGGCGAGGCGGCCUGGAUCAGCGGCUCCCCCCCCGGCCAGCUGGACUCGCGUGCCUCCCCCUCUGCCCUCGCUUGCUCUGCUCGGGUCCGCCACCGCGCGCCGGCCAUACCGUGCUCCGUCGCCGCCACCGAGCCGCCACCACCGCCGCAGUACACCGCUCGUUUCGCGACGCCGGUCAACAUCGCCGUCGGCCAGACGGUGGCGUUGUACGAUGGCUGCCGCUGCCUUGGGGGGGCGCAGGUGAUCGCACGGGGGCCGUCGCUCCACGAGCAGGGCAAGGAGGCUGGAGCAGCGGCUGCGGCGCGUGGCGCCGCCAGUGUCGGACGAGGGGCCCCAGGGUGCUUACAAGCUACAGUAUGUGAGUAAUAAGAACGGGAUGUCGAU